GGAGCCCGAGUGGCAGUGUCUCCCCGCGGCUGUCUGCACUUCUCUCUGCGUAUCAGCCGGGUUAGCGGACUCCCCAGACAAAGCGCGCGCGCACACAGACAUACACACUUUUACCUUCAGCUCAGCUGCCCCCGCUUUAAAGACGAUUCCCGGCACGUAUUGGCUCCGCGGGGAACAGCUGAGAUGCCGACAGAGUCCAUGGAACCUCUCGGGGGCCCGUUCAGCUUUCCCGGGAGCAACUCAGUGAUUGUUUCUAAGGUCUCCGCGAGGAGGGGGGACAUUGCUGUUGGGACUUUGAUUUUGAUUUGGGCACAGGAAUCGGCUGCUCUGGAUCUCUGAAGGCAUGGGGGCCAAGUCGUCAAAGGACUUUGCAAACGAGGAGUUGAGCAGGAGGACGACGAUGACGAAAAGGACUGGGGGGGUCAGGGAGGGGAGUUUUUCCUCAAUCCGAAAGCAGGCCACCACGCACUUUGGGUACAGCAUCCUGAGCCUGGCCAUGCGCGGGCUGGCCGAGGCUCCGGACGAGCUGUGGGAGCUGACCGAGCUGGAGAAGCUCAACCUGUCCCUCAACUGCCUGUCGGCCCUGCCGCCCAGCGUCGGCGCCCUGGAGAACCUGGUGGUGCUCAACCUGUGGGGGAACCAGCUGGCCAGCCUGCCGCCCGAGAUCGGGCUGCUCAAGAACCUGCGGGUCCUCUUCGCCUACCGCAACCGGCUGAGCGAGGUGCCCGCGGAGCUGAGCGCCUGCACCAAGCUGGAGGUGCUCAGCCUGGCCAACAACGAGAUCGCGGGUCUGCCGGGGAGCCUGUCGGCCCUGCGCCGCCUCACCAAGCUCAACCUCAGCCACAACCGCAUCGUGCACAUCCCCGCCUGCGUCUACGGCAUGAAGGGCCUGGUCUUCCUGCACCUGGCCUGCAACCGCCUGGAGAACAUCGCCGACCAGAUCCAGGACCUGGUCAACCUCAAGAUCCUCAUCGUGGAGGGCAACCGCAUCCACGCCCUGCCCAAGACCCUCUGCUCCCUCACCUCGCUCGAGCUGCUCAACGUGGACUUCAAUGACCUCCAGAGCGUUCCCAUGGAGAUGUACCUGCUGAGGAGGCUGGAGAAGCUGGCCUGCCACCCGCUGGACAAGGGCCUGCACAUAGUGCACAACCCCCUGCUGAAGCCCAUUAAAGAGGUCCUCCAUGGUGGACUCAGUGCUCUCUACACUUAUCUGAAGCCAGCAUGAAGCCAGGCCCCAAAAUGCAGCAUUUACAUUUUCCACUGGAAGGCUAAACAUCAUUAGGAGACCAGGACAGUGGAUCUUACAGAAGACUGUGGUAAUUUACAUAACGACAGCCAGAAUGCUAUGUGCUCUUUGUAAUUUAUUGAGAAAGCUUAUGAAGAAUUUUCUCCACAUUUGUGGUUUGCUUGGUUUGAACAAAGGAAUGCUGAUAAUCUGAAUUGACACUAUUUAACUCUCAUUAUGUUUAUCUGAAACAUAUGGAAAUAAUGGAUUUGAUUUGAUCAUUUUGUAAACCUUUAACGCGUAUAAUGGUUCAUGCUUAAAUUGUUUCCAGGGAGACAAUGAACACUAAAGGAUUAAUUAAAGAAAAAUGUAUUUCUUUGACAAGUUACCUCCUAAUACUUUUAAUUAAGUUAGUUGUAUGUAUGUGGUGUAUUUUAAGAAAAAUAUACGAGUGGAAUUUUCAGGGAUUGAUGGCCAUGCAUUAAAGGAUUGAAGUGAACUCUCCAGAAGUGGAUGAAACACAUGGAAAGUGUGGAUUUUCAGUGAAAUCUAUCUUUCUCUCCCCUCUCUCUUUUUCACUCUCUCUCUCCCUCUAUCUCUAUCUCUCUCGCUAUAGCAGAAUAUGUGAAACAUAACACGUAAUUUUGAUUAUAAUAAGGAAACCAAAGGACCUAGGCACCUACAUACCUCUUUUUCUCUCUCACCCUCUCUUUCUCUCUUUCCGUUUCUCUCCACCUAUUUUGUGCGGUGGUGUCAGCUGUGUAACUGACACCUCAGCUCAGUCCAGUUGUCCUUGGUUCCCCUUAUGGAGAGGGCUUCUGAAUGAGGGGGAAAGUUCAAUUACAGCACCCCGUCCCCCCGAACCCAAAACGGGGUCACAGGGAUCAGAACAGAAUGGCCCAACGGAAACUAUGGGCCGGCCUUAAAUCCAAACUCAGAGGGAGCCUUAACCUCCGACGACCUUUUCCAAUCAAUCACAUCGGCCCCCAUUUCAGCAUGGCACACCGAUACCCAGCUCUGGUUCAAUAGUUUUUUUAAAAUUAACUUCUUCUUUGGUUGCAAGAAGUUAAUAAUUCCAAGUUGACUUGUUUUGGCAUUUGUGUUACUUGAGUACAGUGUUUGUUUUGGUCAGACAUAAGUGCAGGACGCUGUGCAUUUUGAAACAUCCUCUUUUUCAGUCACAGCUCUGUUUGUUUUUGUAGAGAUGGAUUCUCUUCAAGUUUCAGAAAGCUCCCAGAAGCAGUGGUUGGGAUGCAGACUUUAAAAUGCAGUGCUCUACCCUCUGAUGUCUUUCAGCUGAGUGUGAUACUUGCAGAAUAAAAUAAAAAUG